AUGAUUAGCAACGAAGUGUCGAGCCUUGCGGAGAAGCUGGGGGCCCGUGAGCACCUGGCGGUUGAAAAGCUGGAGCUGCUUGUUGGGAUGGACCAGAAGCUCAAUGACCUUCUGGUUGCCCACCUUGCUGCUCUGCCGCCGGAUAGGGGGCAUCUUGGCAUUUGCGGGCUGAUGCUGAUUGAAGAACCUGAGAAGAUUGUGCCUGUUGCCCGGAGGAUACUCGGGUCGUUUCCAGACGAGGUGGACGGGUUUGUCAAGAAGCUCCUCGAGUCGCCAUUUUACAUCCAGAGGCGGGCAGUUCCAUCGCUAAUUGUGAAUAUCGAAUACAAGGAGACAAAAGAGGCAUUGAGGAGGUGCCUGCAAGAUCCUGUGGUGGCAGUGGCGAGAUGUGCAGCGCUGUCACUGGAGGAGUAUGGCAGGAUCCCGUUUGAAGAUGAUGAGCUUGUCCAGAUUGUGGAGGAUCUCCACGCCUCCUACUCGGAAUGCAUUCAGUGCACAGGCUCUGAUGUCAUUCCCCUCAUAAAGAGGCAAACACACUUUGUGUCUGAGAUAUGCAUGUCGGAGUCAUGGAGAAGAAGGUAUGCAAUUGCCAAGAAAAUACAAAAGCUCAAUUGCAGUGACCGGGCUGCUGUGUAUGCACAUCUGUCGCAGGAUCCGGAGGAGGAAAUCAGGAUAUGUCUUGCAAGCAACAUGGAGCACGUUGGAGACUGGGAUAGACUUGUCCCAUUAUUUCUGAAGGACAGCAGUCCCACGGUCCGGGCCAUAACUAUCCAGACGGUAGGAAACAGAGAAGAGUUCCAGGAGAUACUGCGGGGAGUUGUUUCCGACGGGAGCUGGGAGGUCAAAAAGGCCCUCCUGUGUGUUCAGAGAGUUGACACAUACAAGAAUGUUGUUAUUCCGCUGAUAAACUCCCUCAACUCCGCACUGAACUGGAGGAUAAGGAAGGAGAUUCUCGAGUCGAUCGCAUGUGUUUCGAAACAGGACGAAAGGCUUCUCAGGGAGUUUCUGGGAAAGUAUCUCCUUGGAUACCUCCACGACAGGGUGUACGAGGUGAGGGCUGGAGCAUCCCGGGUGGUUGCAGAGCUAGUUCCGAGGUACUCUUGGACAAUUGAGUGGCUUCCCGAGAUUGAGGCUGCCGUGUUGUCUAGAAACUAUUUGCACCGGAUAACUUCGGUGGAUGCAGCGCUCUCCUUUGACAAGGCUCACGGGACGGAGUUUGCGAAGAGACUCCUGUCUGAUCCUAUUGACAAUGUGAAGCUGUAUGCACUUGAGAUGGUUGGGCUGCACGGGGCGGACGAGAGCACGAGGGACAUGGCUUUGGACCUGUGCAGCAGCAGGGAUGGGGAAGUUAGAAAGGCUGCAGAAAGUCUCCUGAGAUAA